AUGAAUCAAAGUAUUAGUGCCGACGAUCUCAACAUAAACAUCACUAAUCGCGACGACGGCUCCGGACGACAGAUACGGUUCAAUUCGGGCAACAGAGACCACCCGAACCAGUCGGGCGCCGGCGGCAGUCGCUUCGGGUUUAACAACUCGGCCGCAUAUCCGCGUCGCGUAGAUCCCGGCGAACGCAAUGACCGUAGUUUUGCCAAUUGGGCCAAUAAGAGUCGCGGCCGUAACGCCGCACCCGCUGGUCGUAAUGCCCGCGGCUUCAGACGCAACCAACAGUCAUAUAAUCAACAGUCGGGCCGCGAAAGGGAUGAUAUCGACAGUCAAUGGUUUAAAAUAACGAUUCCUUACGGCAGCAAAAUGGACAAAACGACACUUUUGACGCUCAUUCACGACACGAUGCAACUCGUCUUCACGCCAUAUAAUUACCACAAUGAGGGCCAAGCGAUUGUAUUUUUUGUAUUGGGUUUGGAAACGGCGGACGCCUUGAAGGGAAUCAGCCGUAAAAUCGCCGCUCCUUCGGGCCAUAAGCUAAUUGUUAUCGUUAACCGAUCGGCGAUCCCACCGAUGCCUAUAGACCAGGAGUUGACGGACACUAUAAAGCUAGUGAUGAGCCAACGAUACGACCCGAACAACAAAGUGAUGGAUUUGUCAAAACUCCGUGAAGACAAUAAUCUUCAACAACUGGGUCUCUACGUGUCGCUGAGUCGGCCCAAUAUGUUGAACACCGUUAUCACCAUAAUUAUGGACAACACGCCCGACAUCGUCGGUCUCAACCUUCGCGACAAUAAACUCAAUACUCUGGAGCCGUUGGUUAAGUUG